AUGCCGACUAACAACGCAAACACCACGUUUGACAUCGACCUCACCACGCCCUACAUCUCCCUGCUCACCAACUACACACACGAAGACCGCGCCGCCAAAGGUCUGCGAAAGCGCGGUCCCAACGCGACGCCUGAACCACCCAUCCACUUCACAGCGCUGGAACUAGUGCGGGACCAUCGUCUACUACUGUUAACCGGACCAGCUGGAAGCGGGAAGACGACUUUCGCUAGGAGGAUAGUUCAGAUCCUGGAAGGAGGGGGAGAGUACGUAGGAUGUGUGGUGCGCAACGAGGCUGGAGAUGUGAGGGAGGAGACGUGGGAUGAUGCGGGCGUGCAACCUUAUUACCUCCCCGUUCCGUCAUUACCGGGACUGAAAGAGGUCACGGAAGAAACAGUGCCGAGGCUUCUGGCAUCUGCGGGUAGACGAGAGAGGUCCACAGCGCUGAUUGUGCUCGAUGCUGUCGAGAAAGCGGGGCCUGAGGCACGGGGCUAUCUGGAGGGACUGCUGGAUCUCAUCGAACAUCGGGAAGAUGCGAGACUCCUGAUUCUGUGCGAGACGGAUGCUUACACGGCUUGGUCUCAGCCAUUGGCCGUUACGCGACAUGCGCUCCUUCCGCUGCUUGAGACGCAGAGACGGGCGGCUGUUGGUCAGCUGAUGAAGGUUGAGCCAGCGGAAGUCAAGCUUGGAUUGGGGAUGGCAGCGGGAAAUCCUGCUCUUUUCGGCCUCGCACUUCGAGGCGGAGAUGUUGGAGAUGUUGCGGAGGAAGUGCUGGAUAAGUGGCUUGCUGCGGUUGCAGGCAGCAGUGAUGAAGCUGAAAGGCUCGCAGCUGAAGCAUUCGAGGCUAUCAAGGACGAUGCGGCUAACAACGCAGAGGGCAAAUCUUCCAAGGAAUCGGCUUACUCUAGUAGCUUGCUGUUGGGUUCGUCGAGUGUUGCACGGCAACUGUUGGCUGCUCGGCAUCUCACUCGCUUGUCUUCUGACAUAGCCGUUGCCUUGUUCGCCCAAGCACCAGCAAGAUGGGAGCCUGUCCUACGCAGUCAACUGCACCGUCUCAAAGACUCUCCAGAAGCGCACAAGCUCGUGCAAGAGCUGACCAGCGGCACGGAGUUGAAUGCUCAGCGCGGCGCUCUGCUUGUUUCGGAUCUGCCCAUUGGGAGCUCUGCCGUCCACCGAGACAGAAUCGCAGACCUAGCGCUCCAGAUCAUCGAGCAAGGACAACUACCUACGCCCUACAGGGUAAAAGCCGGGCGAGUUCUCUCUUCUCUACACGAUCCACGAGACCUGCAGCGCUUGGCCUCAGUGCCCACUGGCACAGUUCUCAUGGGAUCGAACACACACCCCAACAGCCAGCCCAUCCAUGAGGUGUUCGUAGAGAGCUUCCGCAUCGGCGUCUAUCCCGUGGUGAACAGGGACUACUUGACAUUCAUCCGCGCCACGGACCGCGACUGGCGGAGUCCCCACAGCAGCGCACCAGACAAGAGAAACCACCCAGCCACCGACCUAACCUGGCACGACGCAAACGCCUACUGCGAAUGGCUGGCCUCCCGCUGGCACGCUCACGGCCAAAUCAACCACCGUGAACGCGUCCGCCUCCCAACCGAAGCAGAAUGGGAACGAGCAGCGCGCGGAGACCUCCAGGAGACACCCGCCAGCAGCCCAACCUACCCCUGGGGCACACCGUGGCAGCACUCCGCCUCCAACACCGAAGAAGCCGGGCUCAACGCACCAUGCACAGCCGGUCUCUUCCCAACCCACGCAUCACCCUACGGCUGUCUCGACACGACCGGCCAGGUCUGGGAAUGGUGCAGCACGCUAUGGGGCGAGGAAAUGGGCACGCCUUCCUUCCGCUACCCUUACGAUGCACACGAUGGCCGCGAGGCGCCCGCCGCGCCGCCAGCCACGCGCCGCCUACUUCGCGGCGGCUGCUUCUCCAGCGGCGCGCUGAAAGCCUCGUGCGCCUACCGCGGAAGCCUGGAGCCCGCGGGGUGCUGGCGGGGAAACGGGUUUCGCAUCGUCGUUGCAAAGGGCCAGUAA